CCACACGGCCACAGUCUUUGCUUUAAAUAGUGGGGAGAUGGUGCGCGCGCCUGCAUAAUCAAACUGUGAUUGCAAUCGUACACGCACGCGCCCGCGUGUUAAAUGCCUCUAUUCGAGCUCAUUGCGACUGCGCUCUGCCGUCUUGAAUUUGUCCCGCGGAUGCAUGUGAGAGGGGGGGAGCUCUCCCGUCUGCAAGCGCUGCAAAAGUGAACGGGACACGAGGCGAUGCACAGCGGAGAGUGAGGCGGACGUGGUGAGCCAAACAGAUUUUUGAGGACAAAGUGUAAGCUGCAAAACACAAACGGAAGCAGUAAAGCCCUCGGCACAGGUCGGAAUCUGAGCAAACGUCUCCAGAAAGCUAAUCUGAGGAGGAGGUCUUGUGCGGGGUGCGCCGUAUGCUCAUUAUUUCUCCAGGACAGCAGCCUGACCGUCCGCUGCCCGGCUUCAGACGCUACCGUGCGCUCUGAUGAUGGACCAGCCUUGGUGAUCCGGUGAAGAAUACGAGCCACCCUGGACGUCAACAAGUCCACCGCGCUUUGAGAAAAAUGGACUGUUUUUACAUUGUGGUGGGGACGGCUUUGCUGUAACUCCAGCGGAUCAUGGCAGGGGUACGCGCUUCAGAUGUUGUGUCGGGACAUUUUUUGGAUCCUGCCAUCGGCUCUUCGCCGGCCCAGGGCGAGACCAACGCAGCGGGAGUCACUGGCGACGUGGCCGCGAUGCCUCCAACCGGCACCCGGGCGUAUUUGGAGGUGUCAGCCGCUGCCCAGAGCUACGGGGCCGAGGGAGUUUACACCAAUGGACGGCACAGGGAGCACAGCAGUCCAAGGAUCGGGAGUGGCAGCCGUGAUAAUUCGGCCGAGAGAAGUCAGGGAGCUGGAAACACACCUUGCGGCAUCAUGAAGGAUGGUUCCAAACAGAGGCAGGUUAGGAAGAAAACGGUGUCCUUCAGCUCAAUGCCAAGUGACCGUAAGAUCAACAGCACAGCUGCUUGUAUGGCCUUCAUGAUGGAGGGUUGUGAAAUGAAGAAAGUGCGCUCCAACUCGCGCAUGUACAACCGCUACUUCCUACUGGAUCCAGACAUGCACUGGCUUCGUUGGGAGCCAUCCAAGAAGGAUUCGGAGAAGGCUAAACUGGAGAUCAAAGGCAUUAAGGAGGUCCGUUUAGGAAAGAAAACUCCAGUUCUGCGCAGCAAUGGUCUCUCCGACCAGUUUCCUGAUGAAUGCGCUUUCUCAAUCAUCUACGGAGAUAAUUACGAGUCUUUAGAUUUGGUAGCCAGCACUGCAGAUGUUGUCAGCACCUGGGUUAUGGGCCUGAGGUAUCUGGUGUCUUAUGGCCGGCACACCGUAAACAUGGUGGAACCUAGCCAACCAAGUCUGCGAACAUCAUGGAUAAGCUCAGUGUUUGAACUAGCAGAUACAGAAAAGGAAGGACACAUAGACCUCUUCAGGGCCACCCAGAUAAUCAAGGGGCUCAACCCUGGAAUGAAAGAGUCUAGGAUAGAGCUGAAGUUCAAGGAACUCCAGAAAGCUAAAGACCAAUAUGGAGAGGCAAUUAACAUGGACACUUUUGUGGAGGCCUACUGUGAGCUCUGCACAAGGCCAGAAAUUUUCUUCCUACUGAUGCAGUUCUCCAGUAACAAGGAGUAUCUUGACAGUAAAGAUCUGAUGCUAUUCGUAGAGGUCGAGCAGGGUGUGGAAGGUGUAACAGAGGACAUGUGCAGGGAUAUUGUUCGGAAAUUUGAGCCAUCUGCUGAAGGCAGGGAGAGGGGCUACCUUUCCAUUGAUGGCUUUACACACUACCUCCUCUCCUCCGAAUGCCACAUCUUUGACCCUCAGCACAAACGUGUGUGCCAGGAUAUGAACCAGCCUCUGUCCCACUACUACAUCAACUCGUCACAUAAUGCCUCCCUUCUGGAAGAUCAUUUCUGGGGUUCAUCAGACAUCAGCAGCUACAUCCGAGCUCUAAGGAUGGGCUGUCGCAGCAUUGAAGUCAUUGUAUGGGAUGGCCCUGAUAAUGAACCAGUGGUGUAUGUGGGUAGUUCUGUAGCUUCACAUCUAGCUUUCUCGAAAGUCCUGGACAUUAUAAACCAGUAUGCUUUUGAGAGUUCUGAGUACCCCCUGAUUCUCUGUUUAGUGACCCACUGCUGCAUCCCCCAGCAAAGAGUCAUGGCACAGCACAUGAAAAAGAUUCUUGGGGACAAGCUGUACGUUGAUCUUCCCAACAAGGAGGAAAACUACCUGCCCUCUCCUGAGAAACUCAAAGGUAAAAUCCUCGUCAAGGGUAAGAGACUACCGCCUGGCUGCACUGAUGCUGAGGGGGAUGUGACGGACGAGGAGGAGGGUUUGGAAAUGUCCCGAAGAGUGGGGGCUGAUGAGAAGGACCAGCUCAAUGGCUUAGGCUACAAGAAACUCAGACUGUGCAAAGAGCUCUCAGAUCUUGUAUCUCUCUGCAAAUCAGUCCAGUUCAGGGACUUUGAGAUCUCCAAGAGGGACCAAAAAUACUGGGAGAUUUGCUCCUUCAAUGAGGUAGAUGCAAACAGAUUUGCCAAUGAGUUUCCAGAGGAAUUCGUUUGUUAUAACAAGCGCUUUCUCUCCAGGGUAUAUCCCACACCUAUGAGAAUUGAUGCCAGCAACAUGAACCCCCAGGAUUUCUGGAAGUGUGGCUGCCAGAUUGUGGCCAUGAACUACCAGACCCCAGGUCUGAUGAUGGACCUCAACCUAGGCUGGUUCAGACAGAAUGGCAAUUGUGGGUAUGUUUUGCGGCCAGCCAUCAUGAGGGAGGAGGUGUCCUAUUUCAGUGCCAACGCUCGGGACUCCCUGCCAGGAGUGUCCGCCCAACUCCUCCACAUUAAAGUCAUCAGUGGACAGAAUCUGCCCAAGCCUCGUGGCUCCGCUGCUAAGGGCGAUGUUGUGGAGCCCUACAUAUAUGUGGAGAUCCACGGCAUCCCAGCUGACUGUGCUGAGCAAAGAACCAAGACAAUGUCCCAGAAUGGUGACAACCCUAUAUUUGAUGAGAGUUUUGAAUUCCAGAUUAAUUUACCAGAACUUGCAGUACUGCGCUUUGUGGUACUGGAUGAUGACUACAUUGGAGAUGAGUUCAUUGGCCAGUACACCAUCCCAUUUGAGUGCCUACAGCCAGGCUAUAGACAUGUCCCCCUACAGUCACUGACAGGAGAGUUCCUACCCAACACCACUCUGUUUGUCCAUGUCGCCAUCACCAACAGGCGUGGUGGAGGAAAGGCACAUAAGAGAGGUUUGUCUGUAAGGAAGAGUAGGAAAGCCCGGGAGUACACCACCACCAAGACCACAGGGAUCAAGGUAGUGGACGAGCUCUUCAGAGCUUCAACACAGCCCCUCAGAGAGGCCACAGAUCUCAGAGAAAAUGUGCAGAAUGCCAUGGUGUCCUUCAAGGAGCUCUGUGGCCUGACCCCAGCAGCCAACAUGAAGCAGUGUAUCCUGACGGUUUCUACCUGGCUGAUGAACAGUGAGCGCUCACUGAGGGUAACCGUGGACCUGAGCGAGACUUACCCAACCAUGGAAGCUCAAGGUCCCGUGCCUGAGCUGCUGCGCAAAGUUCUCAACGCCUACGACAUGAUGAUCCAAACCAGCAGAACACUGAUUGAGUCAGCUGAUGUCGUCUACUCCAAACUCACACAAGCACAACGGGCAGGUCUGGACUUCCAUGAGGACCUGCAUCGUAUUGGUGCAAAGGAGGGUCUGAAAGGCCGCAAACUUCAGAAGGCCAUGGAGAGCUAUGCUUGGAACAUCACUGUCCUCAAGGGCCAGGCAGACCUGCUGAAGCAUGCUAAGAGCGAGGCACUGGACACUCUGCGUCAGAUCCACUGUGCAGCUCAGUCCUGUGGUCUCAGUAAGAACGGAGCAGCUUCCCCCCAGCUCCAGCACCAUCCCCACCACCAGCCACAGCAGGUCCAGAUACAGCAACAACAGGCUCAGGCCAAGACCCACCCACAGCCCCCACCACUGUACCCAUCCCAAACUCAGCCCCAAUCCCAGACCGCACCUCAAGCUUAUCUCCAUCCCCUUCCACAGCAACAUUCUCAGUUACCUGCUCUCCCUCUGGUUCAAACUGUUUCCAAACCCCCAGCUUAUCCUCAACCCCCACCCCUGCCCCAAGUCCAGAGCCAGCAGCAGAGGGCAGCAGGACCUCUGGACGCCAUCCCUGAAAAAGAGAUGGUCGGUGAUGAUCCGGUGGGAUCCUGCUGACCCGCAGCCUGUGCUCACAGAGAAUCCUACCCAAAGAGAGACAGAGAGAGUGAGACAGAGAUGGAGAAACAGAAGGGUUCAGGGCUUGAAAAGCAGGAAGCCAGCAACAAAAGGGAGAUGGAGGAAGUGGCCGAGAGAAUUAAAGAGAUGAUGAUGUUGAGGAAGACUCGUCGUGUUAGAAGUGAGACACAAGUCUGAGAGGAGGGCUGAAUUGGCCAUUGGUCUGAAGGAGAAAAGGAGAAAAGAAAGAGACCUCACACUUCAAUCACACAUUUCUAAACCAGGUGGGAAACUGGAAAAAUAACCUUUACUUUUCUUGUGGAUCUGGAAGAUAGUCUUCCAUCUGAGCCAAGAAGUUUAGGCCUCUUUUGUUUUCUUUCUUCUGAAAAGCCAAAAGGAUAGCCGCUGGUAACAAACUUGUGGUAUGUGUUUCUGAAUAGGAUCAGUGAGUUCGGUAUGUCUCUCUCUGGGCAGUGCUAGUUACAUGCCCCUCCACCACGUACUCUAGCUCUGUGGGUACAGGCUUUACCUCGCAUUGGCAUUUUCUGCCACAUAUUUGCCUUUUCAUUUGCAGAGACUCUUCAGCACGUCUUUCAGCUUUGAUUUCUUCGUGCUCACACUCAUCCUUCUUCAUCUUAGACACAAAGCUAAGCGCAAAUCCUCACUCCUUUUUAACGAAGAGGAUACGUUGUCAUCUGAAGUGUGUCAAGUAGAGCAGCUCUGUAUGUGCCACAGACGACCAUUUUCAGCACAAACCGGGGAGCUGUAGGGCUAAAAAACAAAAAAACAAAAAAACAAAAAACAAACUGCAGCUGUCAGUGUGUUCAGUCUUAUUGAUGCUCUUCUUGCAUCCCUCACUGGUGUCAACCUACAUCGAGCCCCAUGCAUUUCCAGUGUCUUUCCUUAGGAUUUCAAUUGUUCGGCAUUCCUGGACUCUCCCCAAAGGGUCUCCUUGUCUCCCCCCCAGGGGCUGUGUGUGUGUGUGUGUGUGGCGUUACAUGAGUUGGUGGUUUGGUCUCAAGGGUGGAGCUAGCCCACACUCGUAAAGUGGUGGAGCUCACCAGCCAAUCACAACAGGAAUAUUUGACCCUGCCCUUUAGAGGUCAAAGAUCAACAGGAACAUGGUACUGCUGUCAAUAAAAACACAAAGUAAAGUGAAUAUAGAUGUAAACUGUAUGUAAAAUGUACGAAAGGAACAUAUAUUGCUAUAAUAAUUCUUGCAGACACAGACAUUAAUGAUUGAUAUUAUAAUAAUUGUUGUUAGUUCUAUUGAUAAUAUGAAUCUUUUUUAACAUUACUUCCACAUAUACAGUGAUUUCACACCUGUUGUUCUGUGGUGCAUAUCAGGACAACCAGUGCAUGUGGGACUGGAACGAAGGAUUACAGGUUGGCGUCACAGCACGAGGGUCAAACAAUAACCUGACAUGUGUUUCACUGCAAAGUGAGUGUGGAUUCUGUGAAAGCUCCUGUAAGUGGCCCAUUAAAACUGGCUUCAUUGUU